CUUCCCCGGAGAGAAACACCCGGAGGCCGCGCCUCUUACAUAACCCGGAUGGCGUAACCGCGGGCCGCUCCCGGGGGAGGGGACACCGGGAGCGCGGCGCGGGACUCGCGUGCGGCGCGCGCCCCACCAUGUUCCUCUACCGCAACGCCGCCUGGUUCGCCAAGGGGUUGCGCGAAUACACCAAGAGUGGCUAUGAAUCUGCAUCUAAGGACUUUGUCCCUGAUGACUUGGAAGUCCAAGUUCCUGGAAGAGCCUUCUUGGUCACUGGAGGGAACAGUGGCAUUGGAAAAGCAACUGCCAUUGAAAUAGCCAAGCGAGGUGGCACAGUUCACCUGGCUUGUCGAGAUCCAGAACGAGCUGCAGGUGCCAAAGGGGAGAUCAUCAGGGAGAGCGGUAACCAGAACAUCUUUCUACACAUUGUGGACUUAUCUGAGCCCAAGAAAAUCUGGAAAUUUGUUGAAAAUUUCAAGCAGGAACAUAAACUCCACGUUCUGAUCAAUAAUGCAGGUUGCAUGGUCAAUGAAAGAGAACUCACAGAAGAUGGACUUGAAAAAAACUUUGCUACCAAUACUCUGGUGUGGGCAUCUCUUCCUCUCCAUACGAGAGGCUUUGAGGCCGCUUUCUUCCAAUCCCGGGGAGAGGAAAACACGAGACUCAAGAAGAAACAGCCCAGCAAGCCCCAGCGCCACGUAGCCAGGCCCCACCUCUGGCUUUGGGAAUCCCGAGCGAGGGAGGGAGGCUGCACCUCAGGUGUGUAUAUUCUCACGACUGCCCUGAUCCCUGUGCUGGAGAAAGAACAUGACCCCAGAGUGAUAACAGUCUCUUCAGGAGGAAUGUUGGUUCAGAAAUUGAACACCAGUGAUCUGCAGUCAGAAAGGGCAGCAUUUAAUGGAACUAUGGUCUAUGCACAAAACAAGAGGCAGCAGGUGGUUCUGACAGAGCGGUGGGCUCAGAUGCACCCGGCCAUCCACUUCUCUUCAGUGCAUCCUGGCUGGGUCGACACUCCAGCUGUGAGGCUGUCCAUGCCGGGGUUCCACGCCAGGCUCGGGGACAGACUGCGCUCUGCGGCCCAGGGUGCGGACACCGUGCUGUGGCUCGCCGUCUCCCCUGCGGCGGCCGCGCACCCCAGCGGCCUCUUCUUUCAAGAUCGGAAACCAGUUUCUAGGCACUUGCCUCUUGCCAGAACAUCCUCCUCACCGGCGGAAGAGGAAAAGCUCAUUGAAAUCCUGGAGCAGCUGGCUCAGAGAUUUAAAUAGGCCAGGCCAGACCCAACCCGGGGCCAGACUCACCUUAGCCUUAGAAAACGUGAGAAGGUGUGAACUGGGGGCCAGUGAACAGACUCCCCAACUUCUCCCUGGAGAUGCUGCUGUAGCAACGACACAUCUAUGAGGAAUGGAAACUUUUAUUUUAAAAUAAAUAAUUUUGGGCCUUGUGAACAGGCUAACUUGA